UAAAAGCAUUGGCAACACUGUAAGUGUCGGAGCGAACAAAAUAUAAAUAGAUAUAAUUGUUGCUUAUAAAUUCUUAUUCUAUUAGAUAGAAGACUUUUUAUUAUUAUUAUGUUCACGUUUCACAUGGUUUCCUAUUCUAUAUUUAUUCACGGCCCAAAAUAGAAGCUAUCUCAGCGCCCCGUGUAUAAUACUAUAUUAUUCAUUUCACGUUUACUGAUUGGAAUUAGUGGGGUUAUAAGCAGCGACGUCUGCGUGGCGCGUUGCCCAACUUUACAACAACUACCCAAGCACCGUCCACCGGGCACCUGGAAAUCAAAUAGCCUCAGCUGGGAUCCGCGAGCACUCUUCACUAACCGUCUCAACCACAGGAAUACAGAACGCAUAAUAUAAAAGAUUAUCAAUAUUAUAGGCAACAGUAUAGUUCAUUACAGAAAUAAAAUUCUAUUGUGCAACAGUUCACAGUUGUUGUAACUUGUGUCACAGAAUAAUUACUCGUGAGCUCGCGAUUUGCGUUUGAUUUGUGGCUUGUAAUGGUUGAGCUUCAGAACUUGGACGUUGCGAACACGUUUUCAAAUUGUAAUUUUUUUAUCAUAACGUAGUGCGUUUUGUGUUACACAGUCGAUGUCAUUAUCAUUAUAUCGACUAAUCGGCUCAGUGUUCCUUACGGGUUCUCGACGUAUUACAAUUACUGCAUUUUAUUGUUUAUUUAUUUAACGUUUUCGAAUAUUGAUACUUAUCGUAUUGUGUGUACUGUUUCCGUUUUACCAUUAAUCAUCGUGUUUUCCGAUAUCGACGUACGAAAAUGUUUGACGACGGUAUGCUAUCGUGCGAAAUCGAACGAUUAUUUUACAUGAAAUGUUUUCAAAAAAACGAAAUUAUGGGUGAGGUGUAUGUUACAUUUUCUAAAUUACCCACUGCUGCAGAUAAAUUUCUAUACACAUAUAAUCUACUUAAAAAAUAUAAUAAAUUACCUACGGAGUGUAAAAUGACAAACCUCAAAAAUACCAAAAAAGCUCGACAAAUCAGAGCUGAUGCAAAUGAAAAAUUUAAAAACGGUGAGUUUAACUCCGCUUUAUCCGAAUACAAUAAAAGUCUUAUGACUGCAAAAAUCAAUAGCGAAGACUAUGCAUUUGCUUUGGCAAAUCGUUCAGCUGCCCUCUAUUAUUUGGGAGAAUAUGAUGCUUGUAUCCAAGACAUUCACCGCGCUUUAGCAAAUAAAUAUCCUACUGAACUGUCUUAUAAGUUAUAUGAAAGAGAAGUGAAAUGUCUAAAACAAAUGGGAAAGAUAUCCCAAGCUGAAUUAAAAUUGAAAGAAUUUUUGUCUCAUUUAUCUCUAACCUUAAUGUCCAAAGAAAAUAAAAAAAAUAUUGAAAUGAAUAUUAAAAGGUUUAUGAAUGAAAAAGAGACAAAUAAUCAGCAAGAUAAACUAAAUGUAAUCAAAUUAUUUGGAGGUCCAAAUAAAAAUAUCCCGGCAUUGUCAAAGUUUGUCAAAGUGAAGUAUUCAGAAUCAAUGGGUAGAUGUUUGGUUGUUUCAUCUGAUAUUAAUCCAGGAGAAGUCCUUGCUAUUGAAAAACCUUAUGCAGGGGUGUUAAGACGUGAAUCCUAUGAAAUAAACUGUCAGAACUGUUUUAAAUGUUGUUUAAGUGGCAUACCUUGUCUAAAGUGUACUUCGGUUAUUUACUGUGAUGAAUCUUGUAGAAUAAAAUCUUACGAGAGUGGCCAUAAAUAUGAAUGCGCAAUGUUUUCAACAUUUAAAGAGUGGCCUGGCAUGGAUCACAUGGAACAUCUAUCACUUAACAUAUUCUUAAAAUCAGUUUGUAAGUUAGGAUUUAACGAGUAUAUUGACACUGUGUGUGUUCUGAAUGCUGAUACUACUGAUUCGAUGAUGCGAGGCUUUAAUAAUAAUGGCAAAUAUUUAUCUGAUCAAUUUUGUUCUGUAUACACGUUGGAAGGAAAUGAAUAUAAAAGAACAGUAAGCGAUCUAUUUUCAAGAUAUUGUUAUGCAGCUGUUAUGGUUUCAUUAAUGACAUUAUCGGGCCUACAAAUACCAUAUCAUCAAUUAGGUACUGUUGGUGGAUCAUUAGUUCAUAUAAUAUGUGCAGUUUCUUCUAAUGCUCAUGGUAUAACACAACCCUAGAAUUUUGAGACACAACUUAAGCAAAAUCUUGUGCUUGAUAAAAGAUUUACACCAGUUGCUUCUUUGUUAAUGCCAGUGUUGAGCUUGUUAAACCAUCAUUGUGAUCCUAAUGUAGUAAGACACAAUUACAAUGGAACUUUAGUCCUCACGGCUAUUCAACCUAUUUCUAAAGACUCACAGCUUUUUGAUAACUAUGGAUUAUUGUAUGCUACACAUCCAAAAGAAUCUAGACUUCGAAUACUUAAAAAACAAUAUUGUUUUUGUUGUGAGUGUUCAUCUUGUGAAAACAAUUGGCCAUUGUAUGGUGUAUUAGCUGAUCAGCCACGAUCAGAAUGUAAAAUAUUUACUGACAUCAAUUCAGACUUGUUACAAAAAUCAUCAAUCAAGUUGUAUGAAAUAAUUAAGAAAAUUAAAUCAAAUGAAUGUGAUGGUCUCCAAUACAUUCAGUUCUUAUACUCUCAUUUGAAACUUCUUCACGAUAAUAUUGAAAGACCCUGGGUAGAGUACUGUGACUGCCAGGAAACUAUCAAAGAAAUUCUCUAUAGUACAGCCAAUAAAUUUACUAUUGAAGAUUAUUAAUUAUUAUAGAUAUUAGAUACUGAGGCUAAGUAUUAUUUUUUAAACUUUGAGGUUGAAUUUUAUUUCAUUAUAA